UCUUCCAAGCGUAUUACGAGGAAAAUCUACUACUUCACACUUCUCCUUCAACUAUGUAAGGCGCUAGGUGUGUUUGAUGUCACAACCUUGCAUGGCUGAUUUCUUGCACCAUCCAGAGCAUGGAUCGGUUCUACGCAGUAUGCGCUCGCGUGCCUUCCAUCGCUUGCAACGGGACGAAUGUUUGACCUGGGAUAUUUCAAAAUACCGUUCUUCGUCGCUACCUGCGUCCUCUUCGCGUGCACUUUCCUAACUGCAGAAUGUACUCAAUUCUGGCAGUUAUUCCUAACACAGGGCGUCGGCGUUGGGGUGGGCUGUGGUAUCAUGUGGAAUCCUGUGGUGGUCAUUGUGUCACAUUGGUUCUCCAAGAGACGUGGCUUGGCUUUGUCGCUCACCACCGUUGGGACUGCGUUCGGUAGCAUCGCGUUUCCUGUAGCGGCACAAAAUUUGAUUCCAUUAAUUGGGUUUAAAUGGACAGUCCGCGUGUUUGGAUUCAUUUUGAUGGCUACCCUGGGGACAGCCAACCUAUUACUGAAACGACGGCUCCCGCCCACUAACGUUCGUGGGGGAUUCUUCAAUCUCAAAGCAUUUCGCAACAAAGCAUUUACCAUCUAUUGCAUCUCAGGAGUUAUGAUACUUUUAGGUUUUUAUACAGAGUUAACAUAUCUCUCUGUGAGCGCCGUAGCAAUUGGCGUCUCGAAAGACUUUUCGUUCUAUAUACUCGCUAUCGCCAAUGCGGCAUCUGCAUUGCGUGUGUUAUUUGGGCUGAUAUCAGAUAAAAUCGGCGCUAUCAACACCAUAGCAGUUUCGACUGCUAUAACAGGAAUCGCGACGAUAGUUUGGCCACUUGCUAAAAAUGAAUCCCAACUUAUUGCAAUUGCUGCCAUUUACGGAUUCUCCCUCGGAGCAUACGUAUCUCUGUAUUCUGCACCUCUUGUAGCAAUGGGGCAGAUGGAAGACGCAGGACGCCGAGUGGGAAUGUUCAUGUCCCUCAUUGCUUUUGGGGGCGUUGCAGGUCCUCCGAUAUCAGGUGCUAUCAGUACCGCGACAGGGGGGUUCGUUGCUGCGGGUUAUUAUUCAGGUGGCAGCAUUAUAUUUGGUGUUGCACUUGCUACUUGUGGCGCGGUACCUCCAUCUUGGACGGCUAUGGGGCAAAUUUUGAAUGAUCAUCCAGUGAGGCGAAUAUAGCAGUGACAAUGUGUUCUAGAACGGUAGAGAAGAAGUGAAUGAUUUAUGUGUGGUGCCGGCCACCGUCAACCCUGCAUACCAUAUCCAUAACGAACUCGUGUAAUAAUUUGUUGACCUUGUAAGUCCAGACUCCAGAGCUCUUUAGUCUUUCCUGUUGCUCUUGCUUUAUUCUAUCUUUGCCUGUCUGAUCGGUUGACAAAAUCAAGGCCAGAGAUGCAGUACAUUGUCCGGCACUUCGCGUUUCUUUCGACAUGGUUUUCAGCAUUCGAAAGCGA